GAGUGGAUUUUUAGUUUCAAUUUUUGAGUCGAAUUUAAUUAAUUAAAAAUGCAAUCAGUCGUGACAUUUGAAAAACCGUUACCCCACUUGAGUUUGCCGGACUGGGACGCUCGGUUGUAUGAUUUGCAGGUUACCUCAGAUACCAGAAGAGCUGAUGCCUUCGAUCUUCGCUACAGCUCUCACCAGCUCCGCAAUGAGACCAAGAUCAAGACCAAUUGGGACAGCUAUCACAACAACAAUCGUCUCAGAGCCAG